UAAAUUAAACUGAUUCUAUUUCCAAAAAACACCCCAAAAAACAGACAAAAGUAGAUAGGUACUUCUUAAUAUAUCUUCCCACAAUUAUCUAGUACAAAUAGUUUUCAUAGCAAACCUGAGACAGAAGAAUAGACAUGACAAAACUGUAGGAGUUCAUUAUUUCCUUAGGACACAAACAAAUAAGUUAGCUGAAAAAGUGCACGAAAUUGAAAUUGUUGUAAUAAAAGAAAUCAAUACUCAUAAAAUAUUUAUUAUCAACGACCUAUACUUUACACUAUUGAUUUUAUUCAUUUCCCGAGAAUUGUGAAGUCGUUUAUGAGUUAUUCAAAUAAAUAGUGUAUCUAGAAAUCUUUACUAGAUUGCAAAAUAUCAAAGGAAGAUGAUAACAUUAAAUACAUGUCCUCAUGAAGUAAAAGUCGGAGUUCGUUACAUCAUGUAUGUUAAUUUAAUGCUUUUGAUCAUCACAGAAGUAUCAGAUACGAGAAGAUUUCCCAUGUCAAGUAUUAGGAAAUUUAGAACUCAUCGUAAACCGACUCUACGGGUGAUCCACGGCUGGCCGGAUUCCAUGAAUGAAUAUCCUUAUGUAAUCGCUCUCAUAUUUAAUGAAACAUACUACAGAAGUUGCACAGGUUCACUCAUAAAAGAAACGUGGGUUCUUACUGCAGCACACUGUAUUUCACCUGAUUUAGCAUAUGUGAGAUGUGGUAAUAUGAGCAUCCCUUGGGAAGAAACUAAAUGUAAAUCAAAAAUUUUAGAACAGAUUGUACAUCCAUCUUAUAUCGAGUCUGAUAUUGCGAUCGUUAUAGAUAUUGCUUUAGUGCGCAUUGAGGGACUAACAAAACAUAGUCUAGGAAGAUUGCAUGGAGCUGAUUUUAAAACACUUAUAGGUCGUGCGGUGCGCUUCGCUGGCUUCGGGAUGACAUAUCACUCAUACGAUUUUGGUCCUGCACCAUAUGAUGAAUUAUGGGAUAAAGACGAAAAAAGGGAAUUACAAGUGGGUGAAGGUGUAAUUUUUGAAGUCGAAGAAUUAAUAGCUGUGGCUCCAAAAUGUACCGAUAUACGCCAUAGUCCCUAUUUUGGAGAUUCUGGUGGACCAUUGAUUGUCGAUGGUAAAAUUGUGGGCGUGUUAGCCUUAUUAAUCUAUGAUUACAUGGCAAGCGGUCGUUAUAUUGAUGAGAAACAUCCAGAUCAUUAUUAUUAUAUACCUGUCAGCCCAUAUCUUAACUGGAUACGAUGGACCAUCAAUAGUAAAACUCGACAUUAACUAAUACAAGUCUAGGAUUAAUUUUCUAAUCUAUUGACCGGUAAGAAUGAAAAAAGUCAACGGCAGAAUCGAAAAUGCGUAAAAAAGCUUCAUCUAAGAAAGUAUUACUGAAAAACAACUUAACGACAUGCGUUCUUGCCUACAAUUUACAAUGUGAACUUGAUCGCUAGCAUAAAAGCAUUGAACUAAAUUGAAUGGUAUGCGAGAGAAAUAUGGAGACCGUAAAACUGGUAGAUCGAGUCAGUAGAAAAACGCUAUCUUCCAACACAAAAAUCAUUGAUGUUGGAGAGGAGGCAUCUAAAUUGAAAUGAAAUUGACGAGUCGGCAAAAUUCGAGUGGCCGCACCACACGCGAUCUUUUUAUCUUGUGAUUUAUGAAACCCUAAAAAUGUCUAUUUGAAGAUAACUGAACUUGUAGCCCGUGGUUGAAAAGAUUUGACAUUUGAUAGCGAGAUCGGACAAUGGUUGAAUUUUCAAAAAAUAAUGCAAAUUGUAAUUUAGCCUUACGUCGAGAUGAAGCGGGAUCAAUCAACUAAAAAUGUACUAUAUAUAUAUUUAACAGCCCCGUCGUAAAAAACUUGACAAUUAAAUGUAUGUUAAUUUAAGCGCUCACGUCGUUAAAAUAUGCAAUAACUAGAUAAAAGCUAUUAUGUCUAUGUAAACAAGGGCUUAAGGCUAGUUGAGAGAGCUUACGCUGGCUUUUCUUUGUCUGAGUGCAAUUAAAAUUUCGUGUAGCCGUUGCAUCUACUUCACUUACUUUGAAAUGUGAAAAAUCGACGAAACUAUAAUUUUUUGGAUGCAAUACGAUUCGAUUAAUCGAGGUAUUUUUAUCUCUUUUGCAUAAAAUUUUCGUUAUAAACCAUAAUCAUCAUAUAAAUUAAUAAAUUUUUAACACAAUUAUUUAAUGGAGCACUACUACUUUCACCGGAUAACGCGUAAUGACGACCGCAACAAGUUGGUUGUCAAAUUUUGGCACUUGAUGAUAUUCUUUUUGCCAGGCAACUUAACUAGCAAUGUAGUAUGUAAACUUAGUCAAUAAUCAAGAAUACUCUCAAUUUCGUAUAUAAUAAGAUCGAAGUUAAAUAAAAUACUUGAGCCAUGUUUUUAUUUUUAUUUUAUUUAUUUGUAACGUUUUCUUUCAUAUUAAAAACAUUAUUGAAUAUUUGUAUGACUUUUAGAUUUUAGAAAAUCAAGAUUUUCUAGGAAAUUAUAUUGUUGUGUAAUCAUUAGACAUGAUCUAACAAGUACCUAUUACCUUAGUUAUUAUUAGUUACCAUUAAUUAUUAGUUACCAUCAAUGUUUCAACCUCUUUUUCUUGAAAAAAUAAAACCCCAUAAUAAAUGUGAUCAUAUAAAUAAAUAUCAAUUUAUUUAUAAAUAAAUAUCAAUUUAUUUAUAUGAUCACAUUUAAUAUUAUAAUUUUAUUUCAAUAAUCACAUUUAAUUGCGUAAAUCGAUCGUAAUUGUACUAAUGCAUCUAUAGUGAUAUGCCAAAAACGCUCACAUCGAAUUGUAUAGAAUAAAUUCCGUAUGAGCACUCUUUACCAAAACUCUAUGUAACCACCUAAAUUGUUUGCAUAGAAGUAAUUUUCUUAUCAAAGUUCAACAGUAGUGACGUACUCGGUUAUUUUGUUCUUCUAGAUAGGUACGUAAUUCUGUGAUCUCAAUAUUUUAUAUGAACACAUUGUAUCGUAUUGGUCAUUAGGGUAUUAUCACAAUGGAGUGCCGAUUUCUCUGCCUUCCAAUAUAUGGGGUCAGAUAAAUUGUCCCGGUUAACUUGUUAGCGCUCGUGUAAGUGAACAUAUUUGUUUCAUUUUUUAAUUAUUAUUCGCUAUUAUGUUUGACAUUGUUAAUAAAUUUUAUCUGCAUCUGACUCAGUUUUUUGUACAAUACCCAAAAACGAAGUGUUAUGGGAUCGGUGAAAGGUUUCAAAUGGUAAUCACAGAGAAUAUAUAAAAAUAAUGUAUGUAUGGUCUAUAUAAUUGUAUGAAAAUUUGUCAAACUAAAAUAUAG